GUUCGGUUGAGCCUCUAUUGCAAAAGGUGUUGCUCCCUCCCUUUUCCUUCCCUAUUGCUACCGCCAAUGUUGGAACCGCUGUAGAAGAAAAGGAGGUGGAUGUGCUAGGCCGAUUGACUUAUCCAUCCGACCGACUCUCCCUUCUCUUCCUCCUGCCAGGGGCCUUGCGCUGAGCUGGGGCCCGGUGGGGAGGGGGCAUGGCUGCUUCGCCUGGGGCCCGGCAGGCCGCCUGGGGGGCAGCCACGGGCCAUCGAGGGGGAGGUGGCCGGUUGUGAGAGUUCUCUUCCUCUUCCUGCCCCGUGUGUGGAGGGGCAUCCCUUCCCGUUUCAGCCUGGCCUCUACUAUGUUGCAUUCUCAGCAUCUUUUCUGAUAGCUGUUGCAAAUGAAAAUGGAGGAAAUGACUUUGUCGGGCCUGGAUAACAGCAAGUUAGAGGCUUUGGCUCAUGAUAUUUAUACUGACUUGAUUGAGGAUACUUGCCUGGGCUUGUGCUUUGAGGUGCACCGGGCUGUCAAAUGUGGUUACUUCUUUCUGGAUGAUACAGACCCUGAUAGUAUGAAGGACUUUGAAAUUGUGGAUCAACCAGGGCUGGAUAUUUUUGGCCAGGUCUAUAACCAGUGGAAGACUAAGGAAUGCGUGUGCCCAAACUGUAGCCGAAGCAUUGCUGCCUCCCGCUUCGCCCCACACUUGGAGAAGUGCCUUGGUAUGGGCCGGAACAGCAGCCGCAUUGCCAACAGGAGGAUAGCAAAUAGUAACAACAUGAACAAAUCUGAGAGUGAUCAAGAGGACAAUGAUGACAUAAAUGAUAAUGACUGGUCGUAUGGAUCUGAGAAGAAAGCAAAGAAGAGGAAAUCGGAUAAGAAUCCCAAUUCUCCCCGAAGAUCCAAGUCCCUGAAACAUAAAAAUGGGGAGCUGAGUGGUAACUCAGACCCAUUUAAGUAUAACAAUUCUGCUGGAAUCAACUAUGAAACUCUGGGCCCUGAGGAGCUCCGUACUUUGCUAACUACGCAAUGCGGGGUGAUCUCUGAACACACCAAGAAGAUGUGUACACGGUCUCUUCGCUGCCCCCAGCACACUGAUGAACAGCGGAGGUCAGUUAGGGUCUACCUCCUGGGAUCCUCUGCCUCACUUCCUGAGGCAGAAAGCAGUGUGGAAAAUGAUAGCUUUGAUGUUGCAGAGAGUCAAGCCCUCAUGAGUCGCCUUCAAUGGGAUGGUUCUUCAGAUAUCUCUCCCUCUGAUUCAGCUUCAUCAAAAGCAAGUACAAACAACUCUGAGUCCCGAAAAACCAAAAAGAAGAAACCACACAUGAGCCUGGUAGGAGGCGCUCCAGGAAUGAGCUCCAGUAAGAAGAAACUGAAGCCUAAACCGCUUGCCCCUCCUACCCCGAGCCUCUAUGAUGACAUCAAUUGAGUAACGCUGGGAUGAGAAAAACAGGGAUGGGGGAUCUGUUCUGGUUCCUUUCUGACCCAUGUCAGGGGACAGGAGCUGGCUGGUAUCCUCUCAAGUGGUCCCUCGUGGACACCUUUUAAAAGAAUUAACUGUGAAGAGAGAUGCCUGCAUGUGUCCCCUGCCCUCCUCUCAAGCCUCCCACACACACGGCAUAGCCCUGUACCCACCAGAUGUGUAAUGAAAGACUAGGACUGCUUUGGGGAGAGUGGGCUCCCACCACUUCUGGGGAAAAGGGAUGGUGGUGGUUUGAGGCAGGGCCUUAAAGGUGGACAGCGCCUCCAUCAAUCAGGGAGGGAUCGGUCUCCCUCCUUCUUCCCCUGUUUCAAUUUGUCUAUUUAUUGUGAUGUUAGUGGAUGUUCAAUCAUGACUAUAUAUAUGGUGGCAUCGUAUUUGCUUAGCAAUGCUAGAGACUGAGUAGGCAGGCUGGGAGGCAUCUGUGUGUGUAAACCUGCCUGUACUCUUUUGCUCUGAUUGGAAGGGUAUGGCAGAAUGGAGAAGAAUCAGUGCCUGCCCUUUCCUCUAAGAGUGUCUACUCCAGAGGCCUCUUUAUUGUUGGGAGAACUGGCACAAGAUUGUAGAUCAGCCUCUUCCUCUCUGAGUUUUUGCCCUGCUCAGUUGUCUUAACAGGCAGAGAGGUUUGAGCAGAUGUGGCUGCUGUUGUCACUGUUGCUUCCUUUCCUGACACUAUCUGCUUCUUCACCAGUAGCAUCUCUAAAAUCCUGUACAAAGCAGCAUUAAGAAUGGAGGUGCAUUCUUCCUGAUAUAUGGAUGUCAGGAAGCUGGUGAAACAAUUAGCUUCCUUACUUGUGCUUGGGCACAAAUCUCUGUUUAUCCAAUCUUGAUGAGCCAAUACUCCAAGACAGGCAUUGCUUUGUACAUGUAAGUUAACACACACCUUUAAGCAUCCCUGACAAUUGGGUGUAAAUCUGAGUUGUUGAAUUUUAAAACAGCUCUGUUUAACAUCUCACAGAAUCCAGGCAGGAAGACUAUGCUCUGACCUGUCAGCUAUCAUUAAUUCUUCUCUAAUUUAGUAUGUUUAAAUGAUUUAUUUUGUCUGAGUGAUUCAGUUAGUGAAUCUAAACUGUGCUGGAGUAUUAGAGCCAAACUCAAGUUAUGGAUAAUGGGCUGGGAGGAAGAAUGUGUGCUUCUUUUAGAUUAAUAGUUUUACCGUUUUCUCUCCCAACCCCAACCCCCAAAAUAUAUUUCCCCUCCACUUCAUUCCUGGUCUGUUUUAUUCUUUUUACAGACAACCGCAGUUUUAAAUCUAGUGCCAUAAAUCAUGAUGGUCUGAUGAUUUUGUAGAUGGAUGCUUGAAAUUGCAGUACUACUUCUAGAGAGAGUAUUGCCUCUUUGCUUUUUUGUUGCACCCUUCCCUGAACCUCUACAAGAUGUACAACAAAAACAGGGUUACUGAAGAAGCUGUACAGAAGCCACAUAACCACUUCUGAACAUGUGCCCUCUUCUAUUCCAAAAGUAUGCACAUGAAAAAAAAAAUCAUUUGUAGUGUCUACCCAUAAGUCUACUUCACUGAAGCUUAGCUGUUUCCUCACCUAGCAUGAGAAAGUUUGUAGCUAGUUUCUGCAGAAGCAGGGAAUCCAAGGAGCUAAUAGCAACUGUUCCCUGGGUUGAGGUGGCUGACAACUUCAUUUUGCUUCACUUCCCUCUCUUUGUACCUAGCAACUGAAAAAAAAAUCCUUGCUGAGAAGGUGGAGGAGGGAAACUCCACCUUUUCCACUGCUAAAAUCCAUAGCUCAAUUCCAUCAGGGAAGGCUCUCUAGAAAAUCCCCAACUGUCCUGGGGUAGGAAGCUUUCAGCACAUGCAGUACUGUUUACAGGGAGAAUCUCUAAGGGACUGCCAAGUUCCCUCUUCCUCCCCAGAGUUCCACAUCCUUUCCUGGUGCUCGUACAUGUGGAGGCAAAUUCUCUUUGCCAUAUUGCUUAUGUUAAGGCAUAGAUGCUGGAGCUGUUGCAUCUUCUGCUCCUGGAAGAUGCAUGACUGAAUGUCCCAAAUUGUUUCAGGUGUGGAAGUAGCAUAUAUAGGAAGUUAACACUAUUGAAGUUGGUUUUCUCCUCUCCUCCCCAUUAUAUCCUUGGGUAAAAGGUAUGAUGCAUAGGGAGUAUUCUGGGACCAAGGCAGGCCUUCCUGAAAGAUCUUGCUGGACAGUGGUAGAAAACCUAGCUUUGUGGUGCCCUAUGUUAAACAAGGAAAACCUGUUUGCAAAGAUCUUGAUUUUUGUUCCUUCAUCUGAUCACAAUCUACAAAGCAUCACUCCUGUAUUGCCUAGACUUCAUAUUUAGCAAAUGUUUUUGAAAACAUGACGCAGUAUUCUAAGAGAGCCAUGUAACAUGGAUCAGACAACUGCCUCACACCUCCUUGUAAUGUAGCUAAGUUAUUUGAUGUGAAUUGAAUCUUUCCAAGGGAGUUGGGGUGGGGAAAUGGGAAAUUAGUUGCUGUUCACUGCCUGAUAACGAGUAGCUACAUACUUUAAUUAUGUACCACCAAAAUGCUGGCUAAAUUUAUACUACUGCAGCAAUGUAAUAGUGGCCAGUGUGAAAGAAGAGCGAGACUAGAUCCUUGUUUCCCCAUGACUGCAACUGAAGCUUUUGGGAUCAUGUUUCAGGCAACUUUAGAAGUGUAGCAUCUGGGGACUUUUGAACAUUAAUUUAGCAAGGGGGAGGACAGAGGUCGUCUUAUUUAUGGCUCUGUAUCUGCACCUGCACCCGUUAUUUUUUUAAGGUAGGCCUGUUUCACUUGAAAAAAAACUGUAUUCUAUCAUGAGUGGAUUAAUGAGAGGAUUUUAAUUUGUUGAUGAUGUAUAAACUGCACCUAUGUGAUAUUUUUGGACAUGUGCAGAAAUCAUUGAAGAAAGUACUGUACUGUGGUCUCUGAUUUUUUAAAAAAAUUUGUUUUGUCUAUAUAAUCUCAGCUUGUACAGGUAGCUAGAUAUUAAAAAAAAUGUCAAAUCUAUAAUUUUUUCCUUCCCAUCUAUGGAUUGUGAAAUGCCUGUGUAAAUAAACUGUAACUCUGCUUGGUA